UAAGGGACACCUUUAAUAUGCAGUGGUUAAAGCUGUCAUCAAACCAAUAUACUGCGAAGAGAAGAUAUUAGCACCAAGCAUUCUAUGGGAAAUAUUGGAAUGGAUCUGGAUCGUGAAUCAUGAACAUAUUAAUCCCUUUGUGGACAACUACUACGUGAGGAAGAACGUGAACAGCACGUGAAAGAAUGGUAUCACUAGCCAUAACGUUACAUGUAUUUCUACAAUUAUGUUUUAUUGGCUUAAUGCUGAUUGAUUCGUCCAUGUUACAGUUGGUAGGACAGUGGAACUCGAAAUUUAACCCUAAUCCUUGGAUUGCCAACCAUCCCCCAAUCAGAGUACAAGAGCCUGAAACUACGAAAAGAUCCAAACACAAUAAUAUACUGGAAACGACUGGUGUCAACUCUUCAUCUAUCAUUGAUAACAAUAAUACUACCAAUGGUAUUUUGAAGCAGGACUUUGUGGAAGAUCCAUAUUUAAAGUUUGGUUUAGCUGAAGACAAAUUAUCUUUAUCAACUAGCUUCUCGAAUCCUUUCCAAGUAACUGAGAUAGCACCUGAUGGGGGUGGAAUGUUUCAUGAUUCUUUGGAUUCUUCAGGAUUAACUCUAAAACAAGCUUUUCUGGAGUCACUAAACUUACAACAGCAACCAGGAAGAAUUCCUCAGGGGAACCAGUCCCCUAUGUUUAUAACCGACGAUACUAUACCUGAAAACUUUCCACAAGCGAAUGGAGUAGUUUUUCCAGGAGUUGUUUCUUACGGUGAUUCAGUAUUUCAACAGAGACCCUUUAUUCAAAGAUAUGGAUUUCCCUUCCCAACAAACAGUCAUGAUGGAGGGUUUAUUCCACCUUUCCGCCCAUUGAGACACGGAUCUGUCAUAGCUUCACCAUUCUUAGGCCUCAGAACGGGUUCCUUGGCUCCAGGAGGUUCCUUUUAUCCCAGUAAAACCCCAAGUAGUAACAAACUAGUACUUUCAGCUGCAUCCAUACAAGAAAACCCACAGCUAGCUCCAGAAGUAAAUCAAGGCAUUGCACCAUUUGGACAGAUUUCUCCUUUUGGACAUUCCGUUCCAAAGCUUUUAGGUAUCCAGAGUUCUCAACCAAACCUGGGACCACUACGAGCUACCCAGCUAGGUACCAUGAGAUAUUUUAGCCCAUGGCUAAGAGGCAGAGGAAUACCUUUGAACGGUGGCUUUCUUUAUAACCGAGAAGUACCUUUGCAGUUUAAUCAUUUUAGAUGCGAAAAUUAUGAUCUUCCAGGCCAUUAUGCUGAUAUUGAGGCAGGUUGUCAGGUUUUUCACUUGUGUGACGUAGAGAAACGUCACACAGUAUUUAUGUGUCCACCAGGAACACUUUUUAACCAACCGCUCCAAGCUUGUGAUUGGGCCUAUAGAGUUCGCUGCGCAAGUUCUGCCAGAUUCUUCAAAUUUAAACGGACGAGUUGCCAAGGGAACAUCUAAGGAUUUUAAUUAAAAGUAAUAGUUACUAUGUAGACAAUAAAAAAAGUCUAGUUUUGAAACGAUGAUUGGCUUUUACCAAUCGUAUAUUAACUACAUGGUGUUCCAUUCACGUUAACUUUUGUUAAAAUAUCAGCCUGCUGUUAGAAUAGUUAUAUUUGACACAGCUUGUGUUUUCUUACCAAAAUAAAGGUUCUACAUACCAAACUUUAAAACUUUUGCCCUAUUUUCCGCUAUACCUAUAUUAUCCUACCUAACAGUGAUUGUUUGUCACACUCAUUUUACGUUGAACUACCUCUACAUUCAGCAAUAUAAUCAGCCCUUCUAGACCGGAUGUACAAUACAAUAACAGCAGAAAAAACUUGAAAAUAAUUAGAAAGUGAAAACUAAAUCAGUCGUAGAUCAGUUAAUCCAUAGUCCAACUACCCCUAACUAAGGUUUGUUUAACUGGACUAAGAUAUUCUGUACUUUAAUAAAUCAUAAAUAAGAAAUAAAUAAAUACUCUAACAUAUUCACAACUACAAUUUUUUUUUACUAAUAACAGGUCAGAAAAAAAAUCAGUCAAUAAGUAAAUAAAUGUACGGUUCAACCAUUCAUAGUAGAAUAAAGCCAAUCUGUUUCAUAGCAAGGAAAAUGCGCCAUAACUGUAAAUUCUAUAAACCAACAAGUCAUAGCAAAGAAACUGUAAAACUAUUCAGCUCUAGCUGCGGAAAUUCGCAUACGAAAAACUUUACUUUAAUUAAGUAGUUAUUUUAAAAUCAGCGUAAGCAGCAUUAAUAUUCAUGUAAAAUAUAAAGAAG